AUGAGUAUGAACGAUCUUUUCUAUGUUUUGCAAGAGACAGAUCUAAAUAAUCAAGAACUCUACCUUCCUCCCGAUACACCAUUUGGAAAGACAAAUUCUCAGCGACUGAAAGCGCUACUAAAGAUACACCAUGCAAAACAGCGAGAACGACUCUUGAUUCAACAGGUAGCAGAGCUAGAUGACUACCAAAAGGAUUUCGCAAACAAGAACAAGGAAGAUCUCUUUAUUACACAAACAGAGACAGCGUGCGAGCUGAUGAGCGGCCCUGAUUUCUUGAUUGAGCGCAAUGAUCAGAUUAUGGAACUGCUGUCCAUGAUCCCUUUGAUGAACAACACAGCAGAGAAAGAUACAGAAAUGAGUGAGUUGACGAAUUCAGUCGUACCUGAGGAAAAGCCAUUAGCACCACCGCCGCCGUCAUUGCCAUCAGACGACGAAAUGAAUACGAGUGAGGAUGAGGAAGAUUCCUUGAAUGACAUGCCACAGAAUAUUGGUGGUAGUGGUGGUAAUGGAGGUGGUGAUGGUGAGAAUGAAGCGGUACACAAUCAAAAGAUGAUAUAUUCAUCCAUCAUCAAGAAAAAGUACAAGAAAGGAUUCGUACGAUUGAGGAAACUUCAUGAUACUCAAUUGAAAAGAUUACAAAAUUUACAAAAGGAAGACUUGAAUGCAAUCAGAGAGGAGACUCCUCCCCCUCCAUUACCUGCCCCAGUGGAAGCGGCAAAAGCAGACAGAAGGUCCAGUCCAGCAAGGAACAAUAAAGAGCAAAGUCCUAGACCCAAUAGCAAAGACAAGCAGAAGCAACUGGAGAGGGGAAGAACGGUAAACGAGCAGCAAAGGGGGGCAUUGAGCACUGCACAUCAAACCGCCCAACAAUUGCAAAAAAACAUGCAUCGCGAUAACCAGAGAUUCAAUGUCAAUAAGAAUCGUCAAGAUACAGAUAGAGACAUGCCAUGGAACCAACAUCUACAACAUAAACCUCAUACAAACAAGAUACCAGACAUAACCACAGCAUUAAAGCCACCUACAGUAACAUCACCAAGGCCGCCAACAGUAGCAUCAUUGAAACCACCCAUUGUGGCCACAGCAGGCCCACCUUCAGUAACUACAGCAGGCCCACCAAUGAUCGCAUCAAGCAAUCGCAACAACAAUAACAACAGCAGCAGCAGCAGCAGUAGCAGCAGAAGCGGCGGCAGAAGUAAAAGAGGCAAAUUGCACAAAGGAAGACGAGACUCUAACCAGCCUUUGUUCGAUACAAAGCCCAUCACAUUCAAACCGGCCACGUUACUAGGGGAUACGAGUGGAUCCAUCUACAUAAAGAACAAACCAGAUCGUGUGAUUAUCAAUGGCCAAGAUUUUGGCUCGCCCAAAGAUUUUGACGAUGCCAUCAACGGGAUACAGCGAAAAGACAACAGCAUUCUCAAAAGACAUUUGGGUGGCGAUACUUACCUCUACUUCAAACCAAGUGCUGGUCAAUUUGUUGCGUUAGGCAAAGUGUCUCGAAUCCAACCAUUUAUUCACAAAUUCCUACUAUCCAAAUAG